GAGGACCAAACGAGUAUAAUCGAUGGAGUGGAUUUUUCUUCCGAUAAAGGAGAGGAUGAGCCAGUGCCAAUUGAUAAAGGACGUAUGGUUUUUUGGAUUAUCAUGCUCAAUGGAAUUGGUGUUCUUCUGCCAUGGAAUAUGUUUAUUACUAUUGCUCCGCAGUACUACGUUGACUACUGGUUCACUGUGAAUGGCACCAAGACAUCAUACGCCGACAGUUUCAUGUCAGCAAUGGGAAUCGUUGCGCAGAUUCCAAACUGUAUAAUUGCGUUCAUAAAUGUGAUGAAUCUGAUUCGUGGACCAUUGAUUUAUCGAGUGUUGGCUCCAUUGGCGUUCAAUAGUUUGCUGAUUGUGGUGAUUUUGGUUUUGGUCAUUGCGCAACAGCCAAGUGAUGAUGCGCGAAACUGGUUCUACAUUGUCUCCCUCAUCAUCAUCAUGGCGAUGAACGGAUCCAACGGUCUCUACCAAAACUCAUUCUUCGGACUUGCUGCAGAUUUCCCUGCCCAAUAUUCAAAUGCAGUGGUUAUUGGAACCAACAUCUGUGGAACAUUCACUAGUGUUCUCGCCAUUGUAGCCACUGUCUCUUUCUCGAAUAACCCUGAAACUGUUGCUAUCCUUUAUUUCUCAAUUUCUUUGGCUAUUCUGAUUGUUUGUCUCAUUUCUUGGUGGUUCUGUAAGCGACAGUGCUGGCUCCAGUGUCUCUGUGUAUUCCUUACAUAUUUUGUGACGCUGUCCGUUUUUCCAACAGUUUUGGUCGAGUUUGAGCCGACGACAAAAGAUGGAAAAUGGAAUUCCGUUUUUGGAAAAAAUGUCUACAAUGGAAUUACGACUUUCUUGAAUUUCAAUCUUCUCGCUGCCAUUGGAAACGUUUGUGCCACUUUCGUGACAAUUCCAGGACCUCGUCUCCUAAUCGUUCCAUGUCUGAUUCGUCUCGUCUUCAUCCCAUUCUUCAUGUUUGGAAACUGUUUUCCCAAUGAUCGAUCCAUGCCAGUUUUAUAUAGCAACGAAUGGAUUUUCUUCUUUGGAAAUACAAUCAUGGCAUUCACAAGUGGAUAUUUUUCAUCAUUGGGAAUGAUGUAUGCGCCGCGCGUCUGCCCACCGGAAUACUCCAAACUGGCUGGUCAAGUGUCUGCCCUUUCCCUGGUGCUUGGUAUUACUGCUGGAGUUGGUUUCACGUAUGCAAUUAAUGCAAUGAUGCACAAUUUCUAA